GCGCCGCCUCCCGCGUCUCGGCACCUUCCGGCGCUGGGACCGGGCGCGCGUUCCGCCCGCCGCAUCCCAGGCGGGGCCGGUUAGCGACCCAGGCCGCAGAGAGCUGGGCUCUCCGCCCUCUAACUGCCCUCCAUCUUUCCCUCCAGGUCCGCUCUGACUGCACCACACCAUGCCCCUCAGCCUCUUCCGGCGCCUUCUCCUUGCCGCCCUGCUGCUGGUGAUUGUCUGGACCCUCUUUGGGCCCUCGGGCAUCGGGGAGGAGCUGCUGAGCCUCUCGCUCGCCUCCCUGCUCCCAGCCCCGGCUUCCCCCGGACCGCCCCUGGCCUUGCCCCGCCUCUUAAUCCCCAACGAGGAGGCGUGCGGUGGGCCCGGCGUCCCUCCCUUCCUGCUAAUCCUGGUCUGCACGGCCCCGGAGAACCUGAACCAAAGAAACGCCAUUCGGGCCUCGUGGGGCGGGCUGCGCGAGGCCCGAGGGCUCAGGGUUCGGACUCUCUUUCUGCUGGGAGAGCCGAGCUGGCGGCAUUCCGCCGGGGGCUCCCACGAGAACAACCUGGCACUGGAGUCAGCGGCCCAUGGGGACAUCUUGCAGGCGGCCUUCCAGGACUCCUACCGAAACCUUACCCUCAAGACCCUCAGCGGGCUGAACUGGGCUGACAAACACUGCCCCAUGGCCCGCUACAUCCUCAAGACCGACGAUGAUGUGUUUGUCAACGUCCCCGAACUGGUAUCAGAGCUGGUCCGCCGAGGGGGCCGUUGGGAACAAUGGGAGAUGGGCGUGGAGCCCCAGAAAGGCACUGAGGUCGGACAUGAAGAGUGGGAAGGAGGCGGCCCCACCCUGGGGAGCCAGCCAGUGCCUCUUUUGUACCUGGGACGUGUGCACUGGUGGGUGCACCCCUCUCGGACCCCAGGGGGCAAGCACCGGAUAUCAGACGAGCAGUGGCCUCCCACAUGGGGCCCCUUUCCACCCUAUGCCUCCGGCACAGGGUAUGUGUUGUCAGCUUCCGCUGUGCAGCUCAUCCUGAAGGUGGCCAGUCGGGCACCCCCUCUGCCACUGGAGGAUGUCUUUGUGGGGGUAAGUGCCCGAAGAGGAGGCCUCACUCCAACCCACUGUGUCAAGCUGGCUGGUGCCACCCACUACCCCCUGGACCGGUGCUGCUAUGGGAAGUUCCUGCUGACAUCCCACAGGUUGGACCCCUGGAAGAUGCAAGCAGCCUGGACGCUGGUGGGCGGCUCUGAUGGGGAAAGGACUGCACCCUUCUGCUCCUGGCUCCAGGGAGUCCUGGGCCUCCUGCGGUGUCGGGUGAUAGCCUGGCUUCACAGCUGAGAGUGCCAGGGACCACAGGAGAGGAGUGCGGAGCUGGGGGUUCAGCCACCACCCCUACGACCUUCUCUCUCCCAGGCCCAAGGCAGGGGCCCUGGGUGGCUGCAGCUG